UUGGGCGUGGUCACGUUCCCCUGCUAACCUAGCUCUCCGGCUAACACUAAAGAUCCAUCUGACAGGGCUUUGAGAGGAAGAAGGAGACACUUCUGCUCCACCUUACCCCCACUACUUAUUCUGUGGAAAGCUUCAGUAUCGCUGUACGGUCGAGAGACGGUGAAAAGAAUGGGGACGCGAGAUGACGAGUACGAUUACCUGUUUAAAGUGGUGCUGAUCGGGGACUCUGGCGUAGGGAAGAGUAACCUGCUGUCCCGCUUCACCCGCAACGAGUUCAACCUGGAGAGCAAGAGCACGAUAGGCGUGGAGUUUGCCACGCGCAGCAUCCAAGUGGACGGCAAGACGGUGAAGGCGCAGAUAUGGGACACGGCCGGCCAGGAGCGGUACCGCGCCAUCACCUCAGCGUACUACCGCGGGGCGGUGGGCGCGCUGCUGGUGUACGACAUCGCCAAGCACCUGACCUACGAGAAUGUGGAGCGCUGGCUGAAGGAGCUGAGGGACCACGCCGACAGCAACAUCGUCAUCAUGCUGGUGGGCAACAAGAGCGACCUGCGCCACCUGCGGGCGGUGCCUACGGACGAGGCCAGAGCCUUUGCGGAGAAAAAUGGCGUUUCAUUUCUUGAAACCUCAGCUCUGGAUUCCACUAAUGUGGAGACGGCAUUCCAAACCAUACUCACUGCCAUCUACCACAUUGUGUCUCAGAAGCAGAUGGCGGACAAGCGGGACAACGACAUGUCGCCCAGCAACAACGUGGUCAACAUCCAGGUGCAGCCCACGGAGAACAAACCAAAGAUGCAGUGCUGUCAAAGCAUCUAGGACGCAUGGAGCCACAUUCCAACAAGAGCCGGCACCCCCCCACCACCUCCUCCUCCUCCUCCUCCUCCUCCACCACCACUACCACCGAUAAACAACAGCGGCGCUGAGAUCCAGCUGGCACGCUGAUAGCAGAUAGCGGCGGGGCGGCUGUGGUUGAUGCCCUGUAUCCCAAUGGAAAGAAUAGAAGAAAAAAAAAAAAACACCCGCAGUUAGAAUUACGCAGCUUCUCCCCAUGCCAUGAAAGCUUUUAUUUAGCAACGUUUUAAUCAUCAAAACCCACUCCACGCUGUUCCUAGGUAUAUCUUAGCGUUUUGUUUUAUCUGUGAUCUUGAACUCGGCUUCUGACGUGUUGUCUUCUCUCUGGCUUCGUGGUCCCCGGCGGGAGGAGGUCGUGUUUGGCUCGCAGCUUUCCCCACGUGGCCGUCGGGUUAUUGGUUUUCUCUCUUCCUUUCUUUUUGUACUGUGGGGAAGGACAAGGGCUCCGUGCUUACUGAACUUUCUACGUGCAAUCCAUUCAACGUACACACUUUCCUUUCGAAUCACGUCUCCCGAUGGCACCAUGAUUUGGGAUGCCACCGCUUAAAUCCCCUCUCUUCUGCCUGUGUACCUCUUUGAUUUGCUUGUCUCACUCUCUGCCUCAUGUUUCUGUUGCAAGGCCAUUGACAUUGCCAUGUCCUUAAUCAGCACUCAAAGGUCGUGGAGAUUGUGCUGAGCGGUGCAACUUCAAACCCUUUUUUUUAAAUGUAACAAAUUAUAAUUAUUAAUUAUUAUUCUUCGCAAUACAUAUUCACUCUUACGAUCUGAAUGUUCUUAGUUUACCGGUUGCUUUGUGAGGGACCCUGGACCGUCUGUAGUCAAGUGCAUGUGCAAUAGGGUUUUACAAGACUCAUACUGUGCCCAUUUCAAGCCUGCACAGGGAUAUCAGACACAAUGCCUCGACAGUUUCAAAGUAGAACAACCCUAUUUAAUUCUGGAAAGUAGAAAUGGCUUAAAAAUAUUGAACGACCCAUUAUGCAUUGACCCAACGUUGGAACAGUUCAGACGCUGUUCUGCAUCCAGAGCAGGUCGAGAACACAAUAGAGGUGUUAUGAGCCUCGACUGGUGGAACCACUACUUCUCCUAUACUCGAACGGCGGCUGCCAUGGCUUAACGUUAAGUGUCCAGACAUACUAGGACACCUCGUGUCUCACCCUCACCGACUUGGGUUCAGUCAUCACCACUCCUUCCCCGGAGUCACGAGUCGCCCGUGUAUAGCCACAUCGGGAAUCGGCCGUCAACGUUCCCGAAUGUUAACAGCACAACACUACUGGUUGCUCAGGAUCAACGGCGGCAAUAAAGCCUCGCUCUGCCGCGAUGUUUCCCCCCCCUCCCCUCCCCCCACUUGAAUGAAGGCUGCUGUGUUCUGUCGUGGUGCGCUGGGUUCACACUGACUCUGUCUGGCUGGACGCGGCCCAGAGCUGCUUCCUCCCACCUGGAGGACCUCUACCCAUCUCACUCCAUUUUGUUUUAGGUAUGAACUGUUGGCAGGCUGCACUUUAUCUCUGAGUGUGUGUGGUGUGGUGUGCUGCAGCUGACUGUUAGAUCUAUAUAUAUAUAUAUAUAUAUAUCUAUACAUAUAUAAAUACAACCUGUUGUGUCCCCCUCCCCCUUCUUUUUUUAAUUUGCACUGACCGCAAAGCAUGCAUCUGUAUCACGAAGAACGCACUACAGUUAAUGUCUACAUGUAUGAUUUUGAUUAAAUUUUUGGUUGCAUCCUUGUUUUGAUUGCUGGCGAUACGGUGAUAACAUUAAGCGCUCCUCUCUGAUUGUAAGUGGCUUCACAAGUGCCUAGGGAAAGACUUUAAAUUCUGUCUUGUACCGUGACCAUCUGCCUAGGAAAGGGUGCACCACUCGCGUGUGUGUGUCUGUGUGCGUCCGUGUGUGGAAGUGGUGGUGCCCAUGAUGUGGACCCACAGAUGGCACCGUCAUAUCCACUUAAAUAUAAAGUCGGUAUACAAUGAA